AUGGCGGUGUCGUCCGAUUUGAAGUUCGUACUCUUCGAAAUACUACCGACGCCUGCCCUGAUGGCGCAAGGACGGGAGCUCCGUAUCCAAAAUCACCUGGAGAUGGUUCACGAUUGCAUCUGUGCCCUCUAUGCGGUGAUCAUAGAUGCCCAGAUGCGAGCGUUGAAGGAGCCGGAGGUGGAGGAGUGGGUGAACGACGUCGGGAUAGCCGUCGCGGACGUGGAAGACCUGCUCCGCAGCAUCCUGGGCUGGCAACCGAAGGGAGCGGCGGCAUCCAACCUCCUGCCGUGCUCCUUCCCCGAAGUAGCAUCUCGCCAUGCUAUUCUACUAGAGAUGGAGCAUAAGGCAAGCAGGUUGAAUUACCUCGUGAGGAGGGGGUCUUCGCUAUGCCUCCGAAAGGAGAUGAUGGAUUCUACAUAUCCACGACGAGAAGAAGAAGAAGGCGAAAAAGAGUACUUCACCAUCUUGAGAGAAGAGGUGGUGGGAAGAGACAAAAAAGUAGAAAAAAUCAUAAAUAAAAUUCGUCGGAAGCAGCAACAAGGAUCCAACAAUGAUGAUGAUGAUGACGAUGACGAUGACGAUGAAGACGAUGAUGAUGAUGAUGAUCACGAUGAUGAUCAUGAUGAUGUUGAUGAUGAUGGGCUUUGUUUCUUCGCCCUAUGGGGCCAAUUUAUGGCGGGGAAGACGUCCGUCGCUCGCAUGGUUUACCACCACCCAUGGGUCUGCGAGCACUUUGAUCGUCGAGUCUGGAUUGAUGGUUCCAAAUUAUCUUCGUUCGAUGCCAUGUGGGUCAUUAAAGAAUUUGCAAGAUGGAUAGCUGGGGCGCCAUGCGAAGACAUCUGGUUGUCUUAUGAUCGAUUCGGUGGAAGCCACAGAUACUUCAUCAUCCUAGAUGACUUCCUUAUUGGGUUGGAUGACCAGGACAAGUUGAAUCAAUUGGAGCACUUUCUCCUUCUCGUGGGUGAACCGGGCAGCAUAGUGAUGUUCAUCGUUGAUGGAUCUUCUUAUUUAGGUUCACGGCACAGUUUCUUAAGAUACAAAAUUGGAAAAAUAUCGAUAGACAAUUGGAAAAAACUAUUCAUAAGACACGCACUGAACCAUCAUGAUCCGGCCGGGGUGGAGGAAGAAAAUAUGCUAGAUUCAUUCGUCCAUAGAAUUCAUGAUCAAAUCGGUUUGUAUCCUGUGCUUGCCAAGAUGUUUGGCUCGAUAUUUAGAUACAUUGAGACCAGUCGAUGGCAAGAAGAAACAGAUGCUCUGUGUAGGACGGAGCAAAUACAACACAAUCAGCAUUUCAAUUUGAUGUUCCUCCAUUAUCUUUCUCCAAUAAUUACACGAUCAUGCCUGUAUCAGUUGUUGAUUCCACAGGAUUACAUCUCUGGCCAUGCCGACUUGUUGCACGUGCUCGCUGCCGAAGGCAUUCCAAACAAAGAGGAUAUGGAGAUUACACCAUCGUUAGAAAGGAUAAAUAGUGCCUCAGAGCGAUGGUACUUCCGGAUGAGGGUCGGUCGUGAUUCCACAAUCCCACGACAAUGCCUCCAUCUACAAUUGCUCGUGGAUUCUCGUACAUCCGCAUUUCCCACGACCUUAUCUGCAAAAGUAAACAACAAGUUGAGAACCCUAUCUUUGCAUAGGGAGGAGGAGAUGGUUCUUAAACAACAGCCAUGUCACAUCACAGAUAUCUCGGCAACCAUGUUUGCAAAUCUCAUCCAUCUACGCAUCUUGCAUUUAGGUGAUACAAGGAUCCAACGACUUCCUCACACGGUUGGCAAGUUACUAAACUUGAGAUACCUCAACCUUUCUAAGAGUGAAAUCCAGGUACUUCCUGUAUCCUUAUGUAACCUUCGAAAUUUACGAGUUCUAAAUUUAGCUUGGUGUGAAAAGCUUUGGAGACUACCUAGACGGAUCCACAAUCUUAGGAGUCUACAGAUCAUGAAGCUAGCUUUUUGUGCAAGGCUUCAAAGGUUGCCCGAAUCAAUCACCGGCCUUGCGAAUCUACAAGAAUUAGACCUUGAAGGUUGUCAUGACCUCAUCGAAUUACCCGAGAAUUUUCAUAACCUGAGAAAAUUGAUAUACCUGAAUAUAAUCAAGUGUCGCUCUUUGACACGAAUGCCCGAUGAAUUAGAGCAAAUGCAUGACCUCCAAACAUUGUCUGGAUAUUCGAUCAGUAUAGUUAGUAGUAUUGGAGAUGUCAUCUCAGAGUUGCAAUCUCUAAUAGGUCUCGAAAAACUUGAUUUGUGCAAUCUCCAAAUCGUCUCAAAACUAAAGGAUGCUUCCACUCCUCCAAUGCUGUUGCAAGAUGUAGUACCAAAGCUCAAACAUUUGGCACUGCAUUGGAAAUGGGAUAAUAUGAAUGAUGUCGAGAAAGCUUCUGAUGUCACAUCGUUGCAGGUACUUGAGGGCCUCCAACCUAAUAUCUAUUUGAGUAAACUAGAAAUCAUUUCAUAUGCUGGUAAGGAAUUCCCCAUAUGGAUGAAUGAUGUGGCUUUAUUUCUCUAUAAUUUGAGGGAGAUCAGAUUGGUCAAUCUCCGGAGAUGUGAAAGGCUGCCACUACUCGGGGAACUAGUUCAUCUCAAGAUUGUUGAGAUAAGCGGCAUGGAUUCAAUCACUGUUGUAACAUUUCAUACUCGUUAUACUAGGAGAAUAAGAAGGUUAGAUAAACUAAUUUUCUCUGAAAUGCCUCAGCUAGAAAAAUUGGAAGGACCAACAAGAGGAAGUAAUGUUGAAUGGUACAUUGGAGAAUUGACACUGAUGCAAUGCCCAAAAUUCAAGACAUGGGAGCACUACCUGUGGGUGAGCAAGUUGAACAUUUGGUUGAACAACGAGAUGCUAUGGCGUUGUCAAUCCAUGGGUUGGCAGAGACUCAUCAGUGAUACUCGCGAGUUGACGAUUGUUGGAUGCCAAGAGCUGAGGUGUUUGCCACCAGUUUUACGGUCGAAUCUACGGGUCAGCCAGUUGACCAUUAUUCGCUGCAAUAAAUUGAUCUCCUUACCAGAUUGGCUGGUAGAAAUCGGAUCUCUGCAAUCUUUGUUUAUAUCUGGUUGCCCUGAGCUGACAUACAUACCACCGCAACUCAAAACACGGCCAGAUCUUCUACUACAACAUAGUGGUUGUCCCAAGCUACGGUUCUAA